UUCUUUUUUAGGUUUACCGACUAUAAACUUUACCAAUAUAUCGUAUUUAAAAAACAAGUUUUAUUUAUUAUAUCAAAUAAUUAUGUUACAUAGAUAAAAAAAAAAAAUCUUAAAUGGUAAAACGUAUGGUAUAUAUUUUUCAAUUAAUCUUAUAAUAAGAGAAAGAAAACGUGAGAUCCGCGCUAGACUCUAUGCAUAUCAGAUUAUCAGCAAAGCCAUUUUAAGUAUUAUACUUAUCGUUCCUACACCAGUGGACCUCAGCUACUCACCGAGCUCGAUCAUGGAAGCCAUCGGUGUCCUCAUGACCUACCCCAUGUCUUCUUACCUCGAACAAGAGCUCGAUAAACGCUUCAAUCUCUUCCGUUUGUGGAAUCUCCCACAGAAAAACGACUUCUUCAAGGAGAAUUCAGGUUCAAUCCGAGCCGUCGUCGGAAACGCCAACGCCGGUGCCGACCGAGAAUUGAUCGACUCGUUACCGGCUUUAGAGAUUGUAUCUAAUUUUAGCGUGGGGUUAGACAAGGUGGAUUUGGGGCAUUGUAAGCAGAAAGGGAUUAGGGUUACUAAUACACCUGAUGUGUUGACCGAGGAUGUGGCUGACUUGGCGAUUGGAUUGAUGUUGGCGACGCUGAGAGGGAUUUGUGAGUGCGAUCGAUAUGUUAGGGCUGGAUUGUGGAAGAAAGGUGACUUCAAAUUGACUACUAAGUUCAGUGGCAAAAAGGUGGGAAUCAUAGGUCUAGGAAGAAUAGGGACAGCAAUUGCAAAGAGGGCUGAAGCAUUCAACUGUCCGAUAAGUUACUAUUCCAGAUCACAAAAACCAGAAUCAAAAUACAAAUACUUCCCCAGUGUAGUUGAAUUAGCUUCCGACUGUGACAUCCUUGUUGUGGCGUGUGCACUAACUGCAGAAACUCGCCACAUCAUCAACCGCCAAGUCAUCGAUGCGCUGGGUCCCAAGGGGUUUCUCAUCAACAUAGGGAGGGGCCCACACAUUGAUGAACCUGAACUGGUAUCUGCCCUUGUUGAAAGGCGAAUAGCAGGGGCAGGUCUUGAUGUGUUUGAGAAGGAGCCCCAUGUCCCUGAAGAGUUGUUUGGUCUUGAUAAUGUGGUUCUGUUGCCACAUGUCGCGAGUGGAACUGUUGAGACACGAAACGCGAUGGCUGAUCUUGUUGUUGGAAACUUGGAGGCUCACUUUUCGAAGAAGCCAUUGUUGACCCCUGUUGUUUGAAUACGAUUAUGAUGAUAUUGGUAUUAAGUUACUACCAUUUAAAAAGAUGUUGUUGACACUUGUGAGCUUCUUUUAAAGUCUGCUUAUUCUUCUAGCAAAGCUUUAAACUCCUCAAUACCAUUUUCAAUUCAUGGGUUGUGCAAGGAAAAUGAAUAAAUAUACGAAGCAGAUUGUAGCAUUGUGUUGGUAUUUUAAGAUUUUGAUUUUGCAAUUGACUCUAACCACACUUAAAAUUGGCCUUUUUGAUUGGAAAAAUAUGUAGGGGGAAAUGAGCUAUAUGCAUGAUUAUGAAC